AUCUUGGCCUCUUCCUCUGAUAAAACCCCCAGUCCCCACAAGGCUUUCUCUCCUUAUGUACACUUUGCUUCAAAACACCAGAGCCUGAAGGUACCUGGUGGGAUUAUAAGAAGUAGAUUCACCUUGUCUUCUUCAAUGGGUCCCAUUGAUACUUCUCGAUGCAGAUGCCUUUGCCAGCAAGAGAUGCUCCUGCUUCUCAUGUUAUCUUUUUGCCUCCACGCUAACACACAGCCCUUACAGGAGAAUACAGUGGCUCUUGAUCCUUGUUCUGCCUACAUCAGUCUGAAUGAACCUUGGAGGAACACGGAAUACCAGUUCAAUGAUUCUACUGACCAGCCUGCAUGUGAUAGUCACGUGGAUGGGGAAUGGUACCGCUUCACAGGGAUGGCUGGGGAUGCCAUGCCUACCUUCUGCAUUCCAGAGAACCACUGUGGCACCCAUGCCCCAAUCUGGCUGAAUGGCAGCCAUCCUCAAGAAUCAGAUGGCAUUGUCCAAAGACAGGCCUGUGCAACUUUCAAUGGAAACUGUUGCCUCUGGAAUACAACUGUUGAAAUCAAGGCAUGCCCGGGAGGUUAUUAUGUCUACCACUUAGCCAAGCCCAGCGUCUGCUACCAUGCCUACUGUGGACAUUUCUAUGACAUCUGUGAUGUGGUUGAUUGUCAGGGUUCCUGUUUGGACACUGGGGACUGCGUUUGUUCUCUGGGGACAAUUUUGGGACCAGAUGGACAGACUUGCCUCGAUGAAAACGAAUGUGAAAGGAAUAAUGGAGGCUGCAGUGAAUUCUGCGUAAACCUAAAGAACUCCUAUCGCUGCGAAUGUGGAGUCGGCCGUGUUCUGGGGGAGGACGGAAAGACUUGUGAAGAAAUUGAAGGGUGUCACAACAACAACGGAGGCUGCAGCCAUACUUGCAACAUGAUGGAAGCCAGUUAUCAGUGUGAAUGCCCACGAGGUCUUGUUUUGUCAGAGGACAACCACACCUGCCAAGUUCCAGUUUUAUGUAGAUCUACUUCUAUAGAAGUGAAUAUUCCCAAGGAUCUCGUUGGGGGGAUGGACCUCUCACUUACCAAUGGCUCCUGCAAAGGAGUAUCCAAUGGCACGCAUGUCAACCUCAUCUUCUCUCUGAAAACCUGUGGAACGACUAUAGAUGUAGUGAAUGAUAAAAUAAUUGCUACCAAUAUGAUAACUGGCUUGCCAAGGCAAACACCUGGCAGUAAUGGGGACAUCAUUGUUCGCACAGGAAAGCUGCUGAUCCCUGUGACUUGUGAAUUCCCUCGCCAUUACACCAUCUCAGAGGGCUAUAUCCCCAAUGUGAAGAACACUCCCCUGGAAAUCAUGGGGCACAAUCAAGGUGUCUUCCCCUUCAUUCUCGAGAUAUUCAAAGACAAAGAUUUUGAAGAGUCCUAUCGUGAUACCCUUCCCACUCUUAAACUCCGAGACUCUUUGUAUUUUGGGAUUGAGCCCUUGGUGCACCUGAGUGGUCUGGAGACAUUAGUGGAGAGUUGCUUUGCUACCCCUACAUCCAAAACAGAUGAGAUCCUGAAGUACCACUUAAUUCGAGAUGGCUGUGUUUCUGAUGAUUCCAUAAAGCAGUAUACAUCAAAGGAUCAUCUGGCCAAACACUUUCAGGUCCCAGUGUUCAAAUUUGUGGGUAAAGACAACAAGGAAGUGUUCCUGCACUGCCGUGUCCUUGUAUGUGGAGUAACAGAUGAGAGGUCUCGCUGUGCACAGGGCUGUCAUAGACGGAUGCGCAGAAGAGCUAAACCACAGGAGAAAGGGGAUCACAUUGCAAAUCGUAUCUUGACAAGUGGCCCAAUUAAAAUUGAUGUGCGGGAAUAGACGCAUGAAUAUAUUUGAAGGGGUAUAGCCCAUUUCUCUCACAAGCAUAUCCCCCCCCCCCCGAUCGAAUUAGGUGUAAUCUACAUCUCAAUACUGUUGGAUGUGUGCAGUGACAUUGAAUGGAAAUUUGAUUUUGUAGGGUCAAAACAGGGUUCACUUCAGUUAGACAUGAUUUAUUCAAAGCACAGCCAAAAAUGCAGGGGCAUCCGCAGGAAGGGGGUAAAAAAAAGUCACACUGGAGCUACAGCUGUACAGUUGAAGACCUACCCCUUUCUGUAUGCAGCUAAACAAUUCUUCUUACACGUCAAAAUUCUGCAUUUCUGUAAAGGAGUAUGACAUUGGGAUAACAGUUGGGACAGGGACCCUGGCCAUAAGGUGUCAGCAUAUUAAAUUGUCAUGUUUAAUGGUUUGUUUUUUGAAGAGUUGAAAUCCUCAUAGGCUUAAUUAUGAUUUCAUGGAUCUAGGACCUUUCCCUACCGAUCUGAGAUAGGCACUGCCCUUGUGUGCCCUCACAAUGCUUUGGAGCUCCUGGCAGUCUUUUCCUUCUGAGCCCACUAAUUCCAGAAGUUAAUCGGCUGCUGAUCUUGAGGAAACACAGCGAAGACAGAUUCGUUGCAUUUCCUCCCUAGCUGUGAGAUAGGCUGUUCCCACUUGGAAUUCCUAUCUCCCCCAGCCUCCUGGUUCCCAAGACUUUCCCUUCCCUCCUGAAAUGAAGGUGUUGUGAUAAUGUGCGCUAUUGCACAUUUGCACAUAUUGGAAAGCAGUGGUGCAAAAAUGUCCAAGAUGUUUGGGUCAGAGCCACAACUAGGGUCUGUGUCACCCAGGGCAAACAUGGAUUCCAUGCCCAAUUUGGCACCUGCCCUCAGCACUCAUUUUGGCACCCUGGGGCACAUGCCCCGCUUGCCUCCCCCCCCCCCUAGUUGUAGCCCUGGGUUGUGUAGACAGCACUGUGGUUGUGUGGAAGGAGCACUAGUCAUUCUGAAUGCUUUCUUAGCAGUUCAGCAGAUAGUGAGAAUGUUCUUGGUGAUAACUGAGAAAAUCUUGCAAAUGGGAAGGAAAAGAAUGGUGAUUUGCAGGUCAUACAAGGAUUGGAAACUUUCCUGUUCCCUGAUUAAUGGACACAUUAAUAAAGUUUUCAGCAUGCCCAAGCUCAUUCUGUAAAAGGUGGCUGUGCAGCUAUGAAACUAAUGGGAUCAGUUUUGAAUUAUUCAAUUUGCUAAAGAGAAAACUGUGACAUUUAAAUAUUUUUUUCAUAAAAUUGUAUAGAUUUCACUGUUACAGAGUUUGGAAAUCUGUUGCUACCACUGCAUACCUUACUAUUAUUUUUUUCUCCCUCCCUCCACUUUUUUUUUAAUGGAAUUAUCAGGAAAUUUCUUCCAGCGACUUGAUUUAUGCUAGCUCCCCAUGUUGAUUUAAGAAACUGCAUCUAUCUAUAUCGUCUGCAAUCCCCACCCCCACCCCCAAAAACUACUUUGGAGAAAAGAUAAUUGAUAUUUACAGUACUGAAAAUUGCACAUGUUUUAACUUGCUAAAUAUGUAUUUUUCAAAAACUCCUAUUCUCAGAUGUGAAAAAUGAUUUCAUGCAAAUUUUCUCUUUCUCCCUCUUGAUUCAAAAAGCCUUUGUUUCUUUGCAUUCUUUUCAUCAAGAUGCUAUGAGGCUGUUGUCUACAACGAUAACAACAAUUUGGGGAACCGAUGAAACAUUCCUGAUGGACAGCAUCUCUCUAACAAGAUCUCAGAAACAGGGGAAGGGGGAACUUUUCUCCGGGGGAUUGUAAGAAAGAACUGGUCCAUCUGAUGUCAAUGUCGGACAAUGCAAACACAAUUGCUGCAUUACAACAGACCAUCUCCAAAUA